AUGUCCACCUUAUCUCUUCCCUCUGGCCGAUCGCCUGGAAGCAAGGACCUGGGAGCUCUUGAGAUCCAGUUCAGUAGGCUCAAUUUCCAUCCGUAUGGGGAUGAAGACAAGAGCAAAUCGAGCUCGAAGGGCAAUUCACAAAGUGAGGGAAAGGUCAAGUCUAGACUUCUUCUCAAGGCUUCUGUGAGCCUUCUCGAAGUUUACAAGACUUGUCGGUCGGAUUUUCGCUACCAAACAAGUUUGAACCCAAAGAGAUGCCUCACAAAGCCCUCGGAAAUCGAGGGGGAGGGGCACGACAACAGAGAAGCUGAUCUUGUGAUUUAUGUGAACGAUGAGCUGGUUUCUUCGACAUCUGGUCGCAAGUAUGUUGUGAUCGACAAGCUGGGGCAAGGGACCUUUGGACAAGUGGUGAAAUGCCUCGGGGAAAAUGAUGAGCACUUUGCUGUAAAGAUUGUCCGGAACAAACCAGCGUACACGAAUCAAGCCCUGGUUGAAAACAUGAUCCUUUCAAUUAUCAACCAGGACAACAGCAAUCAUAUUGUGAAGUAUUAUGAGUGUUUUACGCACAAGAAUCAUCUUUGCCUCGUCACUGAACUUCUGAGUGUGAACCUAUACGAGCUUCUACGUCAGAAUCAAUUUCGUGGUCUGUCCAUGAACUUGAUCAGAGUGAUUCUCCGUCAGUGCUUGGACGCUUUAGCAAAGCUGACUGAGCGAGACAUCGUCCACUGCGAUCUCAAGCCCGAAAAUAUCAUGCUCAAGGCGAUGACGUCUCCACAAAUCAAAGUGAUUGAUUUUGGCUCUGCUUGUUUCGUCAACCAGGCAGUCUACACUUACAUUCAGUCAAGAUUCUACCGAUCGCCAGAAGUUCUGCUUCGCCUGCCUUACUCUAGUGGGAUAGACAUGUGGUCACUGGGAUGUAUCGGAGUUGAGCUCUUCCUCGGCCUGCCUCUUUGGCCGGGAACGUCAGAGUACAAUCAGAUGUGCAAGAUAAUCGAGUCACUCGGGAUGCCUCCAAAAGAGAUGCUGGACAGGGGGAAAUGGACUGAUCGAUUCUUCAAUCGAUUCACCGACGAGCAGGGGAGGAUGGUUUACUCUCUAAAGACACCACAGCAGUUUCAGGACGAAAACGACUGUGAAUUGCCAAAGGACAGGAACUACUUCAAGUUCAAGAUGAUCCAUGAGCUGAUUGAACAUUACCCGUUCAAGAAAGGCCUCUCGCCGGAGGAGCUGGACAAAGAGAAAGUCAUCCGGCAGAAGUUUGCUCAUUUCUUGAAAGGAGUGCUCGUAUAUGACACGUACUCGAGAUGGACGGCAAAAGAGUGUCUGCAGCAUCCUUUCUUCACCUCACAGGAGCACGACCCCAGCUGGAAGCCAGACAGGUCGGAGGAGAGUGGAACCCUCCCGCAGAUGAUUUCGCAUCCUCAUGGCAACUUGCGAGCCCGAGCCCGAGAGCACUUCAGCCUGCAUGGCUUCUGCGUGCAUGGGUACCCCUUGUCGUUCCAUGCAGACGGAGCCUCUUGGCCUGGAAUCCCUCCGAUGCAUGCGGGAGAGUGGUGCAACUGCUCCAAAGGCUACGGCGAGACCUUCGGCCGCACAUCCUCGCUCCUGCAAGCGAGUCCUGGCGGGACCAUGUAUCCUCCCUGGGCUCCUGGCAGCAUCGGGCAGCAACGAGGUCUCCCCAUGCACAGCCCAGGGUCAGCAGCGUUCAAUCCAGGCUCGAGCCCAGGAGUAGCUUCUGGAUUCUGGAUGGCGCAGGGGAUGGGGGUGUUGGGAAUGGCGUCGAACAAAGGGAGUGGGGGGAUGAACAAGUCACCUUACGGUUCGCCGACUGACAACUCAGUGCUUGCUGCUCUCUACCAGUAA